AUGCUGAAGACUGCACGUUUCUUCAGAAGUAAAGACUUAAGGCUAAGGACGCGUGACAUCUGUACUUCUUUCUUGCUUCUGAAGGAGAGAAAAAAUCAGCAGUUAGACUAUCUGAAUGAUAUAAGAAAAGAGAUAGAAGAUAAUAACAAGAAAUUGCGACAUACUCCAUUUUCUCAUAUUAAGUCCAGAGGAGUAAUUUCUAAGAAUAAUAAUCUACGGUUAGCUAUGCAGUGUGUUCAGCAGAAACUUGGGACAGCAACAAAUGCUGUUGCCAAUAUUCCGUCUUUUGUAACUAUUGAAAUUGUAGGAAAUGGAACAACUCAGAUGAGGCAAUGUGUUGCUAUUCGCACUCCUCUGAAAAUUUACUUAUUCAAUUGUCCAGAGGGAACAUCUAGGUUUUUAUCACAGAUAAGAAUGAAGUCAACUAAUGUAAAUGAUAUCUUCAUAACUAACGCUAAUUGGGAUAACAUCUCUGGAAUCUCUUCUAUUUUGCUUUCCAAGGAAACUGCUGCUCCAACUGCUAGAAUUCACGGAUCGGUGAACGUCAAGCAUUUCCUCGAAUGCAUUCGGCCAUUUAACGAUGCCGAUUAUGGAAGUGCUAAAUAUCCAACACAAGUUGAUGAAAGGCCUUAUACAUUGGGGUCUUACGAAGAUGCUGGGCUUAAAGUCACAUACAUGCCUUUAGUCACUGACAUAGACUCAAAGAAUGUAUGUGUAGCUUACUACGUUGAACUGAAAGCGCCCGCUCGACGUAUCGAUGCAUCUAAGCUAAUUGCUCUUAAGGUACCUAAAGGUCCACUGAUCGGACAAUUGAAAAAUGGAGAGACUGUAACAUUGCCAAAUGGGUCGAUUGUGAAUCCGGAAGAUGUUUAUGUAGAUUCGAUCAGUAACGAUGAUAAAGGAACUGUGCUCAUUGUUGAAUGUCUUAACAACAAAGAUGUUGAAAUGCUGUCAAGCCAAUCACUGAUUGAAAGCAUAAAGACUGGGAAGAAAACGUUGAACUAUAUGGUUCACUUGUGUCCUGAUAAUAUUUUCAAUUCACCUCGUUAUCGGGAGUUAAUAGAAUCUCUUGGUGAUUCUUGUCAACAUAUCGUGGUCAAUGAGAAAGGUCCUCUCGUACCGGGUGUCGAAAGUAUUUUUAGGAAUCAUAAACUUUUGCACAAAAUGUGCCCUUCCGUAUUUCCUCCACUUCAUCCAACUUGGUCUGGAGUCAUAACACAAACUAAUGAGUUGCAGAGAAAAGAGGGAGAUAUAACAUAUGCUGCUCCUAUACAGCGGUUCACAAUGCGCAAAGGAGGAAACGAUGAACCUAUCGUUCUCGAUUUGAAAGACUCUGGAAUUGUCGUUUCUCCCGCCGCAGAAACUCUAAUUGCACAGCUUGAGAAAGAACAACAGAAACUUCCUUUGACUGAUGAGUACCCAAAACUAUCAUUCCUUGGUACUUCAUCUGCUGUACCAUCGAAAUAUCGUAAUGUCACCGGAUAUUUGAUGGAGACAUCGCCAAACGCUGCAGUUAUGGUGGAUACUGGGGAGGGAUCAUAUGGGCAAAUCAAAGUUCUAAUGGGCGAAGAAAAAACGAAGCAGAUUUUAAUGAAUUUGAAAGCCGUUUUCAUUACUCAUGCCCAUCAAGAUCAUAUGACUGGCCUAUAUACCAUCGUGAAAAGACGAGAAGAAGCUUAUCAAUGCGCAGGUGUCCCGUAUAAACCAUUAGUGCUUGUAACAACUAGAAAUGUUUUGAAGCCUUUGAAAACGUACUCAAUGUGCUUUGAGAGUCUAGAGCAUCUUUUGCACAUUGUGGAUAUGACUCGUUUCCCAUUAACACCUCCUUCUAGCCCUCCUGGUCCAGCGAACAAGAGGCGUCGAUUACCUUCACCUGUUUUCGAUGCUACUCGGGAUGUGAUACCAGAACUUCCUCGGCCUCUUUUUGAUGAAAAGGAGUGGAAUAUACAGGAAUGUAAAACAGUUCAUGUUCAUCACACAAGAAUGGCGAAUGGAUUUGUUUUUCGGGCAAACCAAAAACGCAUAGUGUUUUCCGGUGAUACGAAGCCAUGUGACCUGCUUGUGUCUGAAGGAAUGGGUGCAGAUGUCCUCAUUCACGAAGCGACAUUUGAAGAUGGACAUGAGGCUGAUGCUUUGCGAAAGAAGCAUUCUACCAUGGGACAAGCUGUUGAUGUUGGAAAAAGAAUGAAAGCAAAGCAUAUAAUCUUAACUCAUUUCAGUGCUCGUUAUCCAAAGGUUCCUGAUCUACCAUCGUAUUUGGAUGAGUGUGGGAACGUUUCGGUUGCCAUGGAUAAUUUAUCUGUUCGAUUCGAUCAUUUACCUUUAGUGCCUAAGUUGAUUCCAGUCUUUAGAGAAGUUUAUCAAGAGGAAUUGUUCGAAAUUGAGCUACGGAAAGAACAGAGAAACUUGAAGGCCAAAGAAGCGAAUGAAAUGAAAGCUCAAGAACAUUUAAUCAAAGCUUAA